AUGACCAUCUAUAUGUCACUUGUGCUGAUUGUGGGCCUUUUUGGAGGUCUUCUUUCAGCCGCGCCCCCCACGUCCCUACCAAAGGCGGCGAUUCUCGACCUGGGGUAUACCCGCUAUCAAGGGGUGUCGCUGUACAACGAUGUGGACCAGUAUCUGGGAAUGAGGUAUGCGAAAGCUCCGGUGCAUGAAUUGCGAUUUCGAGCACCGGAGGAUCCCGAGCAUAAUAGCAAGCUUCUGGAUGCAUCAUCGUUCGGACCUAUCUGUGUCGGUGUCGGACAGGCUCCCAGUGAUUCCCUAGCGGAGGACUGCUUGUUCAUCAAUAUCUGGAAGCCGACAAAUGCUUCCAGUGGCUUGAAUCUCCCCGUGUGGCUGUUCAUUCAGGGCGGCGGAUACGCAAAUAACGCCAACGCCAACUACAACGGGAGCGAUGUUGUGGAGCAAUCCGGGCAUGAUAUUGUCUUUGUGAACUUCAACUAUCGCGUUGGUGCUUUGGGCUUUCUUGCGAGCGAAACCAUACGCCAGAAUGGCAGCCUCAACGCAGGACUGCUCGAUCAGCGGAAGGCGCUCCUCUGGGUGAAAAAGUACAUUCGACACUUCGGUGGCAACCCGAACCACGUCGUGAUCCACGGAGACUCGUCAGGGUCUGGCUCCGUCGCGCAUCAUCUCACUGCAUACGGCGGUCGCAAUGACAAUCUUUUCGUGGGAGCAGUGGCCGAGUCCACAUUUUGGCCAACGCAGCGGACGGUCGCGGAGAUGCAAUUCCAGUACGAGCGCUUCGUCAAGGAUGUCGGCUGCGAUGGACACGAUGAUUCUCUUUCCUGUCUACGCUCCGCUCAUAUCGACACGAUCCAGGAAUACGACGUCGACCAGCCUUUUCCCGGUGGGAGUAGCAAUCCCGCUCCUCUGUGGUAUUUCCUUCCAGUUGUGGAUGGCGAGCUGGUCCAGGAUCGCUUGUACACGUCGUUUGAUCAAGACAAGCUCAUCCAUGUUCCUCUCGUUGUCACCGACGAUAAUAACGAGGGUACCGAUUUUGCAUACAACGCGACGAGUCCAGAUGAAGUGGCACAGUUCAUAAAAAACAACUACCCAGGUCUUAGUGACCUCCAGCUAGAUACCAUCAACAAGGCGUAUCCAGUCAUGGAUCCUCUUCCCAAACAUGCAGCAUACUUUCCGUCUGCGGCCGCAGCCUACGGAGAGUCAACUUUCACCUGCCCCGGAAAUCAUAUGGCUGCCAGCAUGUCUCGAUAUUUUUCGCCCGGCAAGGUCUGGAACUACCGCUUCAACGUGCAAGACCCGACCGAGAUCGCAAACGGAAUGGGAGUUCCCCACGUCUUUGACCUGCCAGCCAUCUUCGGAGUCGGAGAAACCAAUGAGCCCACGUACUCCUAUGCCACCACUAACUCUGCGAUUAUCCCCAUCACCAUGGACUACUACAUCAGUUUCAUCAAGGCGCUCGAUCCCAACGAGUAUCGGAAUGAGAAUGCGCCCGUAUGGCUUGCUUGGGGGAACAACCAAGGCCAGCGGUUGAAGCUACAAACAAACUCGACGAAGAUGGAAGAAGUUCCCCCGGAGCAGGCAGAGCGAUGUGCGAUGUGGAUGGGUUUAGCUGCGGCCAUGGAGCAUUAA